AUGGGAGGUAGAUAUGAAUUUUUCAACGCUGGUAGUGAUGGGAGAUCAUUCAGGGACGAAGAAUUGGAAGAAGAAGAUGUUUGGUCAGUAGUAAUGGACACAAAAGACUCCACUUCCAAGGUCACCAGUUACGUGACCUCCUCCUGCUCUGUUUCUUCUACUUCGACUGUGAAGCGUUUUCCAACUGCUUCAAGAAUGAUUCCAAGACCAAAUAAUUCUUCCCACGAGAUCGAUCUUACGCAGAAAUCGUCAGCACCUGUAAGAAUACCAGACUGGUCUAAGAUUUAUGGGAAGAAUCCAACAAAGGGAUACGAUGGCGGCUAUAGCUAUGGCUGUGGUGGUGGUGGUGGUUAUGGUCAAGCUACUACUGUUAGUAACAGUGAGGGCUUUGACGGAAUUUUUGGUGAUGAUGAUGACGAUGACGAUCAUAUCCCACCCCAUGAAUGGAUCGCUAAGAAGUUGUCGAUGAGUCAGAUUUCUUCCUUCUCUGUGUGUGAAGGUGUUGGAAGGACUUUGAAGGGGAGGGAUCUCAGCAAAGUGAGGAACGCAGUUCUGACGCGAACUGGUUUGUUAGAAUAGCA